GAAUGGCCUUGCCGCCCACCGCUCGCCGCAUUAUUUUUUCGAUUCCACCCCGUGCAGACCGUUUUCGCGGGCCGUUGCGUGCCGCCAGAGAGAGAGUUACUGGGGAAAAAGUGUAUAAAAGUGUAGCUCGUGCGUUGAACGCCCAAUAACAAAUUUGGCUUUCGCAGGGCAUAUUGAUAUUGCGAAUAUCAGUUCGAAACUGAACUUGAACCAGAACCAUAGCCAGAACCCGAUCCAAACAUAAACACCACCAGCGACGCAACGCAGAAGACCACCCACCACACCCACCAAAAUGAUUAACAUGGACAUAAGCGUGACGCCCAACUACUCGUAUAUCUUCGAUUUCGAGAACGAUUUCAUACACCAGCGGACACGCAAAUGGAUGCUGGAGAACUGGACAUGGGUGUUCUACUACUGCGGCAUCUAUAUGCUUGUGAUAUUCGGUGGUCAGCACUUUAUGCAAAAUCGUCCAAGAUUUCAGCUUCGUGGCCCGCUCAUCAUAUGGAACACAAUGCUGGCGAUGUUCAGCAUCAUGGGUGCUGCUCGCACGGCGCCGGAACUGCUCCAUGUGCUCCGUCACUACGGACUUUUCCACUCAGUCUGUGUGCCCAGCUACAUCGAGCAAGAUCGCGUGUGCGGAUUCUGGACCUGGCUGUUUGUGCUCAGCAAGCUGCCGGAGCUGGGGGACACGAUAUUCAUAGUGCUGCGCAAGCAGCCGCUUAUCUUCCUGCACUGGUACCACCACAUCACCGUGCUGAUCUACUCGUGGUUCAGCUACACGGAGUACACCAGCUCGGCGCGCUGGUUCAUCGUUAUGAACUACUGCGUGCACUCGGUGAUGUACAGCUACUAUGCACUGAAGGCUGCCCGCUUCAAUCCACCGCGAUUCAUCGCCAUGAUCAUCACGUCCCUGCAGCUGACGCAGAUGAUCAUCGGGUGUGCGAUCAAUGUGUGGGCCAAUGGCUUCCUGAAGACCCACGGCACACAGUCGUGCAACAUCUCGCAGCGCAACAUCAACCUCUCCAUUGCCAUGUACUUUAGCUACUUUGUCCUAUUCGCGCGAUUCUUCUAUAAGGUGUACCUGUCGCCGGGCGGCAACAAGAGCCGUCGCAUGGCUGCCACUCUCGCCGGCCAGAAUGCGGUCAAGCAGCCGGUGGACCACAUCUCCUCAUCGGGCGGCACUCAGUCAGAGGAUCAGGCCGCCUAUCUGCGCAAGGCCAAGGCGCAGUAAGCAACAGCAGCAGCAGAAAGAGGAGGGGCAGGAGCAGGAGCAGAAGCAGGACCGGAAAGAGCAGCGGCAGGAGGAUCUGUUAACGGCUAAGGAUGGCUAAGGAUUUAUUUAUGUAGCGGUGUACACGUUGUUUUUUAAUUUUAACCCCAGGGCCAGCCAGCAGCACACACACACAUACACACACACACACAAACAGACAGACAGACAGAAAUUCUAGAAUUUGUAAGCAUAAAGUUGAAACAGGUUGACAGGCAUAUAUCCCCCCUAUACUGUACUAUAUAUCUGGAUAAUGUAUAUAAGAAAAAGGCAACCUCGAGAGCUGUAUGGCAUAGGAGUAGGAGUAGGAGUAGCAGUAGGAGUAGGCGGAGAGACUGUGGAACAUGAAGCGUCGUACACUUAGCUGCUAUAUAGACUCUGUAAGGAAUGUUGGAAUGAGGCAUCCUUCUAUAUAUGUAUAAGGAAGACGGAAAUGAUUGUAUCCCCAGAUCAGAUCAGGCAGUUCUGUCUAUAGCGGGGAUCUAGAGUUAUAUAGAGAUAGCCACACUACGACACCAACACACCAGAAACAUUCACAUUCACACACUUCUUUUCUCCAAAAAGCAGUCUCAAAGAUUCCCCUCCGCAAAUACAGAUUCUGUACAGUUGUAGUGUGCUGUUGAGUCCCAAAAAGAAACAAAAAAAGGUCGUAUGUAUAUAUAUAUAUAUACAUAUAUAUAUGUAUGUAUAUACCGGUUUAUAUAUAUUAUUUAACUUGCAGAUUUAUUGACAGCCUCCCGAAUUGAUGUAGAUUUUCGAUUGCAUUGCGAUAUUUGCGUUGUCUUCUCAGGUGGGAUUUGUGUUGCCUCCUAAGUUAGUUAGAAAUUCUCAAGAACACACGCUGUACCCCCCCUAGUGUAUCUAAGGGAUAUAGAUAUUCAGGCAGAAUAGGCGUAGCGAAAGCGUGGGGUCGGGUCUGAGAACUUUGUACUCUAAGUCUAUAUACAUAUACAAUAUAUAUUUAUAAAACUAUCUAAAUGGAAUAUUAACGAAGCAAAGAAACAGAAACGGAAGCAAAACAGAAGACACUAUAAGUUAGAAUAUUGUUCCACGAACCACGAUCCACGAGCGUAAAUCGCAAAUCGUUUUGUAAUGUAAUAAAGUGUUUUUUUAAAAAG